UUCAUAAACAGCUAGUCGACCACCUCGGUAGCUUGCUAGCCAACAUAGCAGAAAGAUUCCAGCUAUUUAUACGCUUUCGGUCUAUAUUAGCUGCUGUGUUUUAGACACACGUCUGUCGUAUCUACUUUUUAACCUAUUUCAUAUUUACGUUGUUUUUAUUAGUCAGCUAUAGUAGCUGGCUGGUUAAAUUAGCACUAAUCUAGUCGCUAAUGAUAGGUAGCUAGCGAGCUAAUAUCCCCGAACAUGAGCUCCCUACACUUCACCCCUCCUGCUGAAGAAGAGGUGGUCUGCUGGACGGAGAAAGAAGCUCUGGGUCUGAAGGUUGUCGUGAAAGAGGAGAAGGAAGAUGAUGUCACCGUAAAAAUAGAAUUAGAGGGUGAGGCUGUUACAGUGAAAGAAGAAGAGAAAGACGUUACAGUGAAAGAAGAGGAAGACGCGUUCAGAGUGAAAGAGGAGGAUGUUUCAGUAAAAGAAGAGAAAGAGAAAGAGAAAGAGGAGAAUGCAGUUUUUGAAGUGAAGGAGGAAGGAGAGGAGGAGGAGACGGAAGGAGAGAGACGGGACUAUCGUGGAUCCUCUGGGGGGCCUCAACAACAUCAUGAAGCUGACGAGGCAGAGAAGAGUCUCUCCACAUCAGGACACCUCAAGAAACACCAUCAGAGACCCACAGGGAAGAAACCUCACUGCUGCUCUGACUGUGGGAAACAUUGCAAAUCUUCAUCAAAACUAAAAAUACACCAGCGAGUACACACAGGAGAGAAACCUUAUAGCUGUAAUCAAUGUGGGAAGAGUUUUACUAAUUCAAGUAAUCUGAAAACACACCAGAGAACACACACAAGAGAGAAGCCUUAUAGCUGUGAUCAGUGUGGCAAGAGUUUUACUCAGUCAAGUAACCUGGUAACACACCAGAGAACACACACAGGAGAGCAGCCAUAUAGCUGUGAUCAGUGUGGCAAGAAUUUUACUCAGUCAAGCAACCUGGUAUCACACCAAAGAACACACACAGGAGAGCAGCCAUAUAGCUGUGAGCAAUGUGGGAAAAACUUUUCUCUGGGAGAACGCCUUAAAGAGCACCAGAGAACACACACAGGAGAGAAUUCUUAUAGCUGUGAUCAGUGUGGCAAGAGUUUUACUCAGUCAAGCUACCUGGUAUCACACCAAAGAACACACACAGGAGAGCAGCCAUAUAGCUGUGAGCAAUGUGGGAAAAACUUUUCUCGGAGAGGACACCUUAAAGAGCACCAGAGAACACACACAGGAGAGAAGCCUUAUAGCUGUGAUGUAUGUGGGAAGAGUUUUACUCAGUCAUGUAACCUGGUAUCACACCAGAGAACACACACAGGAGAGCAGCCUUACAGCUGUGAUCAGUGUGGCAAGAGUUUUACUCAGUCAAGCAACCUGGUAUCACACCAAAGAACACACACAGGAGAGCAGCCAUAUAGCUGUGAGCAAUGUGGGAAAAACUUUUCUCGGAGAGAACACCUUAAAGAGCACCAGAGAACACACACAGGAGAGAAGCCUUAUAGCUGUGAUGUAUGUGGGAAGAGUUUUACUCAGUCAUGUAACCUGGUAUUACACCAGAGAACACACACAGAAGAGAAGCCUUAUACAGUGGGGAGAACAAGUAUUUGAUACACUGCCGGUUUUGCAGGUUUUCCUACUUACAAAGCAUGUAGAGGUCUGUAAUUUGUAUCAUAGGUACACUUCAACUGUGAGAGACAGUUGGAUGAUCCAGAGGAGGAAUGGGAGAAGGUGAGACAAAAAUAGAGCUUUUUGGUCUAAACUCCACUCGCCGUGUUUGGAGGACGAAGAAGGAUGAGUACUACCCCAAGAACACCAUCCUAACUAUGAAACAGGGAGGUGGAAACAUCAUUCUUUGGGGAUGCUUUUCUGCAAAGGGGGCAGGACGACUGCACCGUAUUGAGGGGAGGAUGGAUGGGGCUAUGUAUCCCGAGAUCUUGGCCAACAACCUCCUUCCCUCAGUAAGAGCAUUGAAGAUGGGUUGUGGCUGGGUCUUCCAGCAUGACAACGACCCGAAACACACAGCCAGGGUAACUAAGGAGUGGCUCCGUAAGAAGCAUCUCAAGGUCCUGGAGUGGCCUAGCCAGUCUCCAGACCUGAACCCAAUAGAGAAUCUUUGGAGGGAGCUGAAAGUCCGUAUUGCCCAGCGACAGCCCCGAAACCUGAAGGAUCUGGAGAAGGUCUGUAUGGAGGAGUGGGCCAAAAUCCCUGCUGCAAUGUGUGCAAACCUGCUCAAGAACUACAGGAAACGUAUGAUCUCUGUAAUUGCAAACAAAGGUUUCUGUACCAACUAUUAAGUUCAGCUUUUCUGAUGUAUCAAAUACUUAUGUCAUGCAAUAAAAUGCAAAUUAAUUACUUAAAAAUUAUACAAUGUGAUUUUCUAGAUUUUUGUUUUAGAUUCCGUCUCUCACAGUUGAAGUGUACCUAUGAUACAAAUUACAGACCUCUACAUGCUUUGCAAGUAGGAAAACCUGCAAAAUCGGCACUGUAUCAAAUACUUGUUCUCCCCACUGUAGCUGUGAUGUUUGUGGGAAGAGUUUUACUCAGUCAAGCAGCCUGAAUAGACACCAGAGAACACACAAAGGAGACAAACCUUCUUACCACUGCUCUGACUGUAAUUUGUUUUUAUCUCUUGAUUUAUUUGACAGAUUGCCAGUAGUGUGAAAAGUUGUCAUCAAGGCAAAGGGUGGCUACUUUGAAGAUAUUUUUUGAUUUGUUUAACACUUUUUUGGUUUCUUCAGGAUUCCAUUAUUGUGUUAUUUCAUAGUUUUGAUGUCUUCAAUAUUACUCUACAAUGUAGAAAAUAGUAAAAAUAAAAACCUUUAAAUGAG